AUGAGCGUGUCCAUGAGCAUUGCGGAUAUUGUGGUGAGUUCUCGACCUCGCUCCAUCUACUAAAAACAAACUACAUUGAAUGAGGGAAAGGAGCUAAAACAUAGAAUUGGGGGACCUAGGUUCCUCUCUUAUUCUACCUUUGUUGAUUUACGCGCGUGAAAAAACAGCAGGGGCCGUCGAGGUCACUGGUUCUGAACGAAACGACAUUGACGAGACUGUAAGUUACAAAAAAUGCUUUGUUUUGUGUAUUUAAAGUAUCCUUUACUGUUUCAUGUUUAAUAUAAGUACCUGGUAUUCGGUUUGGAAUAAAAGGGAGUUUUCAGCAAAAGAAGGAAAAAAGUAGAGAAGAUGACUGUCGGCAAAAUUCCUAAGAACGAUUUUAGCUUGGAUUCCACAUUCCAGUUCUUUCUUGCGCAUUGGACCAGAGUGUAAACACGAUCAUGACUCAUUUCCGGUUGGGCAAGAAAAUAUCAGACUCGUUUUGUAGUGGAACAAUUGCAUUUUCAUUCGAAUAGAGGGACGAUAUUUAUCCAAUGAUAUCUAAAAAAAAAAAAAAAAAAAGGGCCGCAUUCUUGCGGUUUGAUAUUGAGUACAACAUUUCUUAGUGGACUUUAUUAAAGGUACAAAACUUAUGUCUCAGGAAGCGCUAAUGACAAACGGAAUUUGUAAACAUACGGCUACGCAGAGCAGGAAACCAGUAUGUGAUUAUCAAAUCCACAAGUCACAAAAAUUACAUUCUUUUACGAUGAUUAAAUCGAGGUAUCUGUAGACAUUUCUAAUCGAGUCCGUCAAAAUUCCGCUGAAAUUCUACAUCACGUACAAUGCAAAGUUGGGGUUAGGUCAAUGUCUUGAUUAAUGCAAGUGAUAAAUAUCGUGCCUUCAGGGAACAUUUAAGAAACUUAAGCUUACUUUUUCUACCGUUUGAAUUUAAUCUUACUCCUGCAGGAUCCCCGUUGUUUCCGUUUGUGUAAAUAACCAGCACAAAUAACGAAAUAGAGUAAAGUCCAUGGUCAGGAUUGAAGUAUAGUAUUAAGUUUAAGUUAAGCUCGACUGUCUUUUGCAGAAAAUGAUUUCUGAUUUUUGAUACAAAUCGAAAUUUUUUAUGAAAAUUAGAUUCGACAUAAAGUGAAUCUUUUGUUUCUGAAGUGUGAAAUUAACAAGAAGUGAAAUUGACAACGGAACCUAAGAUCUUGUUAACGCCGAUUUAUUGAUAAUAAAUUGUUCAAAGAAUUCGACAAUAUCGCAAAAUUGAAUGUUGUUCCGGAUUUGCCUCAAGUCUAUGCCUAGGUGCCUGCAGGUAAUCCAUUUGGCUCACAACUCGGAAAGACCGUUGGAAUUUCGACAGUUGGCUUGUUAUUUUACAGGCAAUGCAGCUGCAUAUUUUUGAAACCGCUCCAUUUCGAAGAAUCUAUAAAAUUCUCGUAUCGAAACGUAUCAAAUGACAGUGACCUAAUGGCAAAGUAAUUUUGCUUUAUUAAAUCACUGCCCGUUUCCUAGAGACCUUGCGCGCUGCGAAUGAUGUAGCGAAAAUGUAAUUACCGUUCAUGCAAACGCAAGAAUAUUUAGAUGAAAUACCCCGUAACAGAGACCCGAAAUUUGCGCAUAUUUUUUCAUUGUCAUGAAUUGAAUCAGCGGGGUACAUUGCUCUUUUCUCGCCUCUGAUUGGUUAAGGAACAAAGCCAACAAUUAAUUCUGGCCUGAUUGACAGGGAGGCACUAGGAAACGACGCCGAACGAAGCGAACUACGAAUGCUAAGAUGGCUGCGGCGUUAAAGCCAUACCAAAGUGCUUUGCUUGAAAAUCGAGACCUUAUUCUGAGAGACGUUCGAACUAACGAAGUUUGUCCGCUGUUGUAUGUGAGUGGUGUGCUGACUCAGAAAGAAAUCGAUGGUAUAAACAUUGGGCGGACCCCUCAAGAACGUACGGAAAGCUUGCUUGACUUACUCCAUUACAAGGGUCCGACUGGAUUUCAAGAGUUGUGUGUGGCAUUAGAAGACUCGCAUCCCCACUUGGCAGCCAAGUUAAGGGCCAAAAAUCCACAAAUCGAGGUUUUAGGUAAGCUUUUAACGAUUGAUGUCCUCUCACUGGAAAUUUAAAAACUCUCGACACGCUUGCCAGAGCACAAGCUUUGCAAAGUUUGUGCCUUCGAACGCUAUCCCAAAUUAUACUCAUGAAUUUUCUCUCAAUAAGCGACAAUUGGUUUUGUUUUUAUGCAGGUUUUUUUGUGAUACGAAUUUAUUAAUGUAUGCAAAACAACCUUUCCAGCGUUUAUAUUGGUUUGAGUCAUGACACUGUAAUUAGGCUGUCCUUGCAUACGUUUAUUUAAGCUCAGGAAAUUCGUGCUUGCUCGGUUGUUUUCGCAAAUUUCAGCUUGCAUUUGCUGUGUUUUUUCAGAGGGCAAACCAAGGGACGCCUAUCCAAGAUAUUCCAAUCCCGAGAGAGUUAGAGAUUUUGAGCAGAGAGAAAAUAAUAAUAACGAAUUUUAUCACGGUAAACGAGAGUAUUACACACCCGAAAGAAACUUCAGUCAAGAAGAACUGCCGCGAAAAGAAAUGAGGGGAGAAGAGCAAUUGCAAAGAGGGAGAGAUUAUUCUUACGACAGGGGAAGAGAAGUUUCUCAGUAUAUCACAGAAAAGUACAACGAAGGACGAAACUACGUGGAGAAUGACGCUGGAAGUGAACGGAACUAUCGAAAGUCAGUCGGCGAUGCAAGCGUAAGUUUGUUGUUAUCCACUCUAUUUUUUUUUUAUUGCUCUUUCUACUUCACAUUUAAUAUCAAAUUUAUUCUGCUGAAUUUUUCAUUUCGUUACACGAAAGGGGUGUGCUUUCCAUUAACUUAGUGUUACUGACGCGCUCGGUUAUCUUCGAAUUUGAUAUGUGUGUGUGUUUGUCGAUGUUGUGGGAAAAUUGACAAUGAAAUAUUUUCAACACACGGAAUUUGGAGUAUGCGUGUUUAUGAGCGUGGUUUAACGUAUGGUGACUUAACAGCUGAUGUGUAGGUUACCCAUCCUAGAUCAUAUCUAAAAUUAGUGCUACACAAUUAAUACAGGCAAUAGCGAAAGAACUUCACUGCAAAUAAAGAUAUCAUUAUCUUUCUGAGGCGUUGAAUGUCCUCGAGAAGCUUAGUAGUAUUAGCUUUUAGAGUAUCGCUGAACGUUUCAAUUCGCGUGGCAAAUCGUAUCAAAAGGUCAGUUUUUCAUGGCUUGAUGAGGUUUAUUAGGUACAAUUUAGCUGCCCAGGUUGACUUCGACCCGCCGAUGUACUGGGGGGUCCUAUAAAUUUUUAGCUCAACUAUAGUUAUUUUUUGGAUACUCCAAAUCCUUUAUUUGCAAGAAAUUUCACGAUGGAAGCUUCUAUUUAUGUGAUGUCAUACACUGCUCACGAGUAUUAUUGGAAGUUCGUCUUAGAUUUCCAAUUUAAAAGCCUUAUGUGUGAGUUUUCCAAAAUUUAUUGCUGUCGUUCUUUCAGGCAUUUUACAUAUAGCCCGCCUUUUAAGCUAUUUGGUUCUUUGGAGUUUUUCCGUUUUCACUGAAAAUUGUGGGAGCGAAUCUCGAAUUUAAAUCAUAGACUUCAACGAGAAAACCCUCGCCUGAAACUUAACAUGAGUGUUAGUGUCUUUCCGUACCAGAAGUUAUUUUUAAUCAACUCUGAAGGGUUUAAACUUGCGAGGUCGAAUAUAUUUUCGUGGUUGAGUGGUUUUUCUACCUUCUGUAUUAUGGAGGUCGGAUAGAUCCAGUUUCAAAGGCGACGAGGAGUCGAUACAAAUUAUUUUAUCAUUUGCCCUAUCAAGAAAGAAUGGUUGUGAAAGUAAAUAUUUCGUAUGCAAGCGACUCAAUCGGAUCUCUUAGUACAUGUAUUUGGUGUGCGUUCUUCUUAAUAUCACGCAUGAUGCUUAUAUUAGUUCGCGUCUCCUUUGUCGUGGAGUUCUGUUUCGGUAAGGUUCUAAUGCUGUUCUUUUGUUUACACGAGCACGUAGGAAGCUUGCGCCGAAAAUGGAGCAUUAAUCUGGUCGCAGAAAUAAAUAUGUGCGUCACCAAACAACUGGAUAAAUGGCCCAUACGUUUCGUCGCGAAAUUAAAAUAUAAUCCGAAUGUUUUGUUUCAUGGAAAGGUUGAUUUUAAAUCUUAAAGAGUUAUUAUCGUUCUCAUGGGAAUUUUUCCAUCAAGUUGACGAGUUACUGAUGCAGUUAGCAAAAUAAAAUUUGCGAAUAAUGAUUAUUUAACUUUAUUUUUCCCUUGAAUAAACAAGCACCACAUUUUGACCAUGUUCUACUCCAUAGUGCUCAAAACAUUUCAAUAAUUUUAUCCAGGAAGAUUUUUUUUUAGCAUUACACUUCAACAAAUUCUAUUAUUCAGGGGAAUUCAAGCAAUGAACAGUGUUUUUGUACUGUAACCUGUUGGAGUUAUCAAUUGUUAAUGGUAUUACUUUUGGCACUGAUCAGGAAAACAAUAUACAGCAUUUUCAAACACCUUAGAUUGCAAAAUAAACAGUUUUCAUUGUUUUCUUAAAUUUGAAGAGUUUAAAUAAUUUUUAUAUGCCAUCUCUUAUGCACACUUGGACAAUUGUGGCCAGGAGAAGCCAAGCUCACUUAUGGUGAUUUACAGACAGUGAAAGCCACAAAAUAAUUUCAGAAUUUUUAUUAGCUGGUAAGACGUUAUCUUCAGUUGUAUUGUUAUGCUAACCAGUUUGGAAAAUUUUCAACAUAAGUCAUUGCUUUUAACAAGUUUUGCUUGCUUUAGUACCUUUCGUGAGUGUGAAGUUUAAACCAGAAAUAACACCCUAAAUCUGCUAUGAUAGUCCAAUCUUCACUGUCCUUUGCAUUGAAAUUGUUAGUAUAAAUAGUAUAUCAUGUUAGGAUAGAACAGAUAGUGUUCAGUGGGUUGGUUGGAAGCAAAAUAAGGUGUUUGUAUAUCUCAGAUGAAUAAUCACCAAGGUUUUUUUUUUUUAAAACCUCUUGCAUAUGAAAACCAAGAUUUAUAUGUUUGUUGCAUGUUUUUGAAAUUAACAUUUCUUAAUAUGGAGUUGAACCCUUUAGAUUUAGCUUCCACCUUUUGAUAGUAACUGGUUGUGGUUACAAGGCUGCUAAAAGGCUGUUUAGUAAGUAAUUGAAAUGAAGUGGGGUCAGUUGAAGUUCACACUAGAGAGAAAUUUAAGAAAUAUCUUUCAAUCACAUGAUGUUUAUGCUGUCUACUUGUAUAUCCUAAAAUUCACUAGGAUUUUAUUUGAGGCUCGAACAAACAGGUUUCUUAUAUAGUAACAAGGGAUCUAACUUCAAAUGUUUCAGCACUUAAAGCAAUAUUUUGUUGGCAAGCAACUGGGUUAUUAUUUUUGAUGACAAUAUAUUUAAUUUGGAAAAUUGAUCAUGAUCAGUUCGUAUUGUUAUUUUCUUUUUAUGCGUAACGCUAAAUGUUAUUGGUAAGGUAGAAAUGUUUUUAUGAAAAUCUUUGAGACCCUAUGUCAGUUUCUGAGUGUUCCAAAGUUCUAAAUUCUAGGAGAACUUUUCACAGUAACAUUAAACCAUCACCAAAUGCAACUAAAAUCUGUGUCUAAGGUCAUGAUUCUUUCUAUGCUGAAGAAUAAAAAAAAACAUGUAUCAAAGUACAAAACUGGUCAGCAUGCAGAAUGGAAGUGGAGAAAUUUAAAGACCUUGCAUGCUUACAUUUUAAUGCAAGGGUAAUUAUUGCUCUGGGAAGAAUUAAAAAGAUGUACUCUUCAAGUUGCCAACAAAGAGACUGCUUUCAGACCACUUGUCUCAUAGAUAUGUCUGUGUACAUUAGAGACAUUAAGUCAGGAGCUUAAAAAAAGUCGGAGGAAGAAAAAAUAUUUCAAAAAUCCAAAUGCUCAACUCUGCCCUUCCAAACAUUCAAACUUUGUCAAUAACAAUGAAUAGUAUGCAGAAAUCUGCCAUGUAUGCAUGUACCUGCCAAAAUAGAGCUCUUGUAAAGAUUUAAUCCCUGUUUAUAGGUAAACAUAUCUUUAUUUAUCCAAGCUAAUGGCUGUAAUUUUGUAGUUGUCAAGUAAGAAUCUUAGUACAGGCAUUUUAUGUCAACAUUAAGUGAACUUAUGUACACAGAAACAUUUUAGUGAAGUUACAGGUUGUGUUGUGUGAUUUUCAUGUCAAAGUUUGACAAUAAGCAGGUCAUAUUUUCAAGGAGAGAGUGUUGUCCUGUUUUGCCCUAUAUUGUCAAGUGUGGCUUUUUGGGAUAUAAAGAAAAGUUGCACGGAGCUUUUGACAAGAAUUAUCAUUUUAUUGCUCAAGGUUUUCACCAUUUGACACGGUCUUGUUUUCCACAGCCUUCAGAGCAGUAUGUAUGGGAAAGGCAAACAAUAGUUUUGGAAAAGGUGAGUUUCUGGUGAUAUAGUAAUGUUGAAUACAUGCAGCAAUGAAAAUUUAAAAAGAGCAAAACUAGUGUGUGGUUUGUCUUUGUCUCUUUUCUUUUGUAUUUGUGCAAAUUCCUUUUGUUGUUCCUAAUUUAUACUUUGUGAGAGACUUGUGCUUGAUGGGCCAGUUCUAAUGCUAUUGUUUUUUGUUGGUUUUUUUAUUUUAACUUAAAUUGGCUCACCUCAAGAAUUAUUUUCAACUUGUCUUCCUAAUUUUUACUUUGUGAGAGGCUUGUGCUUGAUGGGCCAGUUCUAAUGCUAUUGUUUUUUUUUUCUUUUUUUUUUCCCUGACUUGAAUUGGCUCACCAAUUUUUUAUUUAAAAGUUGUUAUAGUUUUCUUAAAGAUUUUUUCCUUUUUUUCUAUUUAUUGUCAACUCAUUCGACUUUUUCUAUAAAUCCUCAUUUAGCUUCUCUUUUUUAUUGCUUGUUUUGUUUUUGUUAGUUUUUUUUUGCUGCAAAUUUGGAACCCAAGAGUUGUUUUAUUUGACCUGCACAAUUUUCAGUAGAUUUUUUGUGUGAUAUCUUGUCUUUAAUUGUAAAUUCAUAACUUAUGUCUUCUUUGACAUGUUGUUGUGGUGAAUGCAUGCAUUUUUUAAGUUUGUUUUACCAUACCUGUUUGUUUUGCUACAUAGGCAAAUUCAAAUCAGGGGUUUGGAAUUGCAGUGUCUGGUGGAAAAGACAACCCCCACUUCAGGAGUGGAGACACAUCCAUUGUUGUUUCUGAUAUUGUCCCUGGUAGCCCUGCUGAUGGUCUGCUAAAGUAAGAUUUUACCUUUUUUGCUGAUAAAUUAUGGUAGCUAGUGCAAAACUAAGAAAUUUAUAGAUCUGUAGUCUAAAGGAGGAAUAAUCUUCUUUUGUAUUCAAAAUCAUCAUGGAAGACAGAUGCCAAUGAGACACUGGUGCAGUGUCAGUCAGCCUAGAACAGAAUUUUCUCAAAUUCACAUACACAAAAUUCCCAAGGAAUUCUCUUGUUGGAAAAGGUGGACAUAUUCAGUGCAGAGCUAAACCCUGCAAAAAUAAAAUCUUAAUGCUAAAGCUCAGUGGUCUUGACAGACAUUUUAAGUGAACUGAUUAUUAAGCCUUUGAUCUCUGAACUAUUACCCAUUACCUGGCCUCUCUGGAGCUCUGUGAUGUAGGGAAAAAAGUAGGCUUCAAAGAGUUUGGAUAUUAUCAUGAAUUUUUGUCCCCUUACUUUUCUAACACAUCAACACAGUUUAGUGGAAUUUUUUCAUUGACUAUCCCCUCUUUAUUUCAGGGUUAAUGACAUCAUAACACAAGUUAAUGAUAUAAAUGUUGAGAAUGUUUUGCAUUCAACGGCUGUGCAAGCCUUGAAGGACAGUGGCAACUCAGCGAGACUAGUAAGUCUUCCCUUGAUGGUCAGCUUUGAUGGUCAUUUUAGUCUGAUGCAACAUUUCCAAGCUUUCAAAAAGUUUACAAAAUAGAUCAGCAUUGUUUGUCCUUUUCUUUUCCUUUUUUUUUUUUCUUUUUUUUUUUUUUUCAUUUUCCCAAUAUUUUGUUUUGAAAGUCACUUUUGCCAUCUUUUUUGUUUAUUUUCACUUCAGACAGUAUUCUUUCCAGGACUCCUGCGUCUUACUCUUCAUUUGUUGCCCUCUACAAUGAAAAGUCUUUACUCUUGUAGAUCUUCAAUAGCUUUGUUAAUGCAGUUCUGCUUUACAUUUGGAAUGACAGUACUUUCUCAUUUCUAGGCCAUUAAACGACAAAAGCUUGCUCCUGUGAUGACUACUCCCAGAGAAGGAAGUAAGGUUCCACAAACUGUCACACUCGUUAGGGAACAGCAAAAUAAAGGUACCUUGUUGAUUUAUAACAUGUCAAACUAAUAAUCCUAAAUCUGCAAUGGAAUUAGAUGAGGUGUAAUGACACACCCUUUACACUUCAUCAAAAUUAACCCUUUAACUCCCAGAUCAAAUUUGUAAUUCUCCUCACUGUUUACCAUUCAUUUCUUAUAAUGUUAGUUAAGGGAAUUAAGUAUUGGAUCAACUUGCCCCAAAUUGAUAUUUCUCUUUAUUCUUAUCACUUAUCUGGUGAUAUUGUAUUGAUAUUGUAAGGAGAAAUUCUGUCUUGGUCACUCAUGGGAGUUGAAGAGUUAAGUGUUACUAAAAAAAAAAAUGUGUUUUGUAUCCCCUCAAACUCUAAUCUAGCAGAGAUACUUUGAUUGGUUUUUUUUUUCAAUUUUUUUUUAAAGAAAUUUUGUGUAAACCAUGUUAGUUUCUAUAUAGCCAAUAGACCUCUUUGAUAAUUGCAGGUAUGAAUUUUAUUGUCCUUGUACAUGUUGUCAAGGCAAGAAAGGCUAAUUUACAGGAGUAUUAAAGGAUAGCAAUUUGGCCUGCAAUUUUUAAGAAAGGGUUCACUGUGUGAUCAUUCUAAAGCAAUAUGAACACUUGCUCUACAUAUAAAGAAGGGUAUCCUAUCCAAGAAAAUGGCAGAGAGAAUUGAAAUAGUUGAUGUGGUUAGUAUUAGGUAAUCAGGUUAUGAGGCAUCAAGUUCAUAAAAUGAUCAUUUGUGCUCAUUUUGAUAAGUGCAGAUGCUUGUGUUUUGUACUAAAUUUGGCCAAUUCUUGUAUUCUUAGGUUAUGGAUUUUCACUUGGGGGAUCCAUGUUCAUCAAAGAAAUUGACAAGAAUGGUAUGGUUGCUAGGCAAGGUGAACUGAAGUCUGGAGACAUCAUCCUGAAGGUGCGCAAUGAAACAUUAUUUAAUGUUUAAUCAUGCUUUUUACCUCUGUACAAAAUCCUACUAAUAAAAAACACAACAAUAAUUAAUAUCUAUUAAUAACCACACGAAAUCUUAAUUACCGUAUAAAAGUACAGUAGGUAAAGGAAAGCAAUAGGUGCCAAAUAAUUACAUAUAGAAAUAUUUAUUCGAGAUGGUGAGGCCCAGUAUAGAAUCACUAAAACUUCUUCAAAAACAGGAAACACAAGCAUAGACUGAGAUAGAAUUUUUCCUUGCCUGUGGUAAUUUUGCCUUUGCAUUCCAGAUAAAUGACCGUAAAUCUGAAGAGAUGAGUUUGCGGGAGGCCAUUGAUAUGGUCCGUCGUUCCAACAAACUGGACCUGUUGGUACUGAAGGAUGACCAGUUACCACCAAGUUAUAGCACACACUCUUUGCCAGCAGCAUUUAGACACAAAACUCGAGACAGAGAUCAUGACCUGCCAAAUGGCUAUAAUGAAGAGCCAGAAUUGCCUCCAAGGUAAGAGAGAACACGUGAGGCUAUGUUCAAGGUAUAUUUUGCAAACUGCUUGGUGUGUUUAGACACUUCUACCUUAAUCAUGAAGUUGUGGACAAUACUCUGGACUUUGUUGCAGAAAAUUGACUGAGUUUGUUUUAAUUUCUAUUGCAUUUUGCUCACAACCAGCUUAUCUAUGUCAGUGUUCUGUUGGCUGGUACCUGGAGCUGGGCUGUGUAUUGAUUACUGUGAUGAAUUCCUUGUCAUUGCAGAGGUUGUUGCCCUCCUGUUUACACUCGUAUGGCACCGACCCUCAAAUAGUAUUUUGGAAGUGUUUCAAUACAGGAUGUCUACCUUCUGACUGUUAUUUUACUAUUACUCCAACAAUAGGCACUAUAGUGAGGAUGAUCUCCCAGAGCGACCCCCACCUCCUUUGGAUAAAGACAAUCUGCUGUUUUCAGGUAAGUAUUGUAGAUCUCCAAUAAAAAGGUUAAGUUCGUUGAUUAAUGGAGGUAUGAUAAUUAGCAGCCAAAAAUAUUAGCCAUGACUUUGUGUAGCUUACAUCCUAAUUACUUGACAUAAAUUUGCUAUUGCUGUUCAAAUUUUUAAAGUGCAAGUUUAGUAACUUAGAUGAUGUUGAUCUUUAUGAUGCAUUGGAGUCAAUAGGUGUACUGUGGUCCAUUUGGUGACUUAAGUAAACAACAAGAGGGCUAAAAUAAAUGAAAAUAAAUGUUUUUCUAUCUUAGUGCUCUUGUAACAAAACCGUUUGGCACCCUUGUUUUGUUCAUGUUUCUUUUUGAUGUACAUCUAUUGAUUUCUAGGAUCAAGCUGGAAGAGGCCAGAUACUGGUGAACGAGUCUCAGGGAUAGGUUAUGACAAAGAGGAGGUCUUCAGGGCUGUAGAGAGUUCACAACAGGAAUCAGAACCACAUUUUCCAAAACCUGCUGAAGGUAUUAAUUGAAGUUUCAAGACAAACCCUCUCUAAAAGCUCAAGCUGAAGUUUAAGAUUUUUGAAUUGAUUUCAUGAACUCCACAGGUCAUAGAAAAAAUAAUUAUACAGAAUAUAUGUCUUAUUUUUCAUGCAAAGACAUCUUGGUCAGGCAGGAUUUACUGCUAUGAGAAACAGUACCAUUGGGGAGCUUUUUUGCAUGUAGAUUAAAAUUCCAUAACCUUCCUGAAAGGCAUAAGAAACCAAAAGUGCAAUAUGUGGUGAUUCAUGAAUCAGAGUUUCAUUAAGCCUAAGAAACAUUUGUUAACUUCAGAUUGCUUUCACUUUUAUCUUCAAGUGCCAGCAGUCACUAAACUUCACUGGUUUUCCUUGAAGCAUAUUGAACAAAAAACUUGAAACCAAUGCUAUCUUGUUUUCAGCAAUGCAUGUCUCAUUCAAAAGUGGUUGUGAACCCUUAACUAUAUUAAUGUUUUCCAAAAUUGUUGCACUACUAUGUAUUGAGACAUAGAAACUGUUUAUUGAUGGCUUGUAACUAGUAUUUUGUCUUCACCUCCCCCAGUAUCAUACACACCAGAUGGUUUAAGUUCUUGGGGAAGGAAUGAAUCUGUGAAUGCGUCACGAUCAAGUGUCAAUUAUGUUGAGUCUACCUCAAGUUCGCCUCGCAGUGAUCGUAAGGAUGGAGCACAGGACUCUGUAGACCGCAGGAGAUAUAGAGGGUAUGCUUCUGUUAUUUGAGAGUCCCUGCUAGUAAGGAAAAAUGAUAAAUACACAAGCAGAUUGCCUAAGUUUUGAAUAGAAACUUCUACUUAACAAUUCAGAUACUGGUACAUAUGCUGUCAGAAUUCUUUAAGACAGUCUACAGUUACUCUUGGAAAGUGAACUAGUACAGGAAUCUCCAAAAUGAAUUCAGAGUAAUUUUGUAUGAGAAGAUUAUGAUAAUUAAAAUGUGCCUUGUGCUGCUGUGUGCAAUUUUAAUAUUUUUGCUAUGACAUAAAGCAGCUCAACUUUGUUCAACAGGGAUGCGCGACUUGUGGCAUUCCGUAAGAGUGGCAGUCUUGGUAUCCAAGUAUCAGGUGGAAAUAAAACUGGUAUUUUUGUUGCUGCUGUGAAGGAAGGAAGCCCAGCUUACAAUGAAGGAUUAAGGAAGGGUGAUCAAGUAUUAAUGGUGAGUACACUUUUAAACCAGUGAACAUGAUAUUUCACUCUUGACUUUGAUGAUCAGUUUGAGAUUUUGAGGGUCUUUUAGCUCAAUUUGGUAAGUUAUACCUUUUAGAACCAACAGUUUUAACUGUGAGAAAUUUUCUAAACACCAAGGAAUGCCAUCUUUUAUUUCAGGCCAAUGACAUAGAUUUCAAGGACAUCACAAGAGAAGAGGCUGUUUUGAUUUUGUUGUCUCUUGGAGAUGAAGUGAACCUUUUGUGCAAGUAUAGAAGACAAAGUAAGAGAAGUUCCUCUGGUAUCUUUGGAGAAUCUUUUUCAAUUGUUGUAUCCUAUGAAAUUGACAGUUGACUCUGUGUUUUUAGCUUUUGACAAGAUCAGCAAAGAAUCUGGAGAUUCAUUUUACAUCAAGUAAGUUUGUUGGGUGAAGUGGAUUCAUCGUGACCUUACAAACUUGUGACAGCAGAUACUGUGCAUUGUAUAUGUGAGACUUUGUCCUUGAAUGUUGCUCAAUACUUGAACAGUUGAAAAAGAAACCGUUGCUGAAUUUUCUUGUAGAGCUUAGUUUGUCUUAAUUUUAUAAAUGUGCUAUGAUGUGUUGGUUUUGAAUAGAAAACCUUGUAGUACAACUAACUAGGAAUAAAACUAAGGCAUACAUGCGUGUUUAUUUAGUAUUUUGUUUAAGAUAUUGCACUUAACAUUUGUGUUUUUUCCUUUUUUCCCAUUUAAAAAAUAACAAGAGAGCCUCUGUUUUAUCAGUUUUUAUACUGUUGUGUGUUUUACCUUCUAUAAAAAACUUUAUCAUUAUUAUUUACUGGGAUGUUGUUAAGAAAAAGGAGAUUCAAAGUUGCAAUAAUAGAAAGUUAUGCCAAGUUUACAAGUUAACUCGUUUCUUUAUCUUUUGACAGAGUUCACUUUGAUUAUGAGCAGAUGAAGGAACAGGAGUUCUCUUUCCAAAGGGAGGAUGUAUUCCACAUAUGGGACACCAUGCAUGAUGGAGUGAUUGGAGCAUGGCGUGCACAGGUUGUAACAAAGACUGGUCUGGAAACUGAAAUUGGUAUUCUUCCCAAUAAAUCCAGGUAAUUAAAUGUUACCAUGAGAAAAGUUUAGAUAACAGAUGUUUAUCUUGUCAUGAGGGUUUUAAUCAAGACCUGAUCAUUUCAUUUCAUAGUGUCACUUAAGCAACAAGACAAAUUACUUCUUGCUUUACUCAAACAGCAUUCGUCAGUACAGAAAUUCACCUGUGUGUAUUAAUUCACUGCUAGGCACUCUGAAAAUGAGUUUUAAGAAAUUCAGGAGAAUGAAUGACAUUGACUGCCUACAAUAACAAAAUCUUCAAAAAUAACCUUUAACCCCUGGACUCCUGAGAUUGACCAGCAUCUAAUUUCUCCUCACAAUAUCGUCCCUGAAUCACACAUUAGGGACAUGAGAAUAUGGGAAAUGAUAAGUUAGUGAGCAAGUGAAGGAGUUCUUGAUAGUUCAACAAGUUCUUACCGUCAACACUUCAGGAAAUGUAUAGAGAACAGUAUGGAGAAUAUGCAUACUGAUGUAAGGGUAUAAAUUGCGAAAAUUUGCUUUCAGUGGUUUUUCUUGGGACGUUUUCCUUUGUAUAGCCAUAUGAUUUUCCUUUUAGAGAGAAAUUGAGGCAAAUCCCAUUUUGUUACGCCUUGUUUAAAACUAGCAUUUUGUGAGUUGACAUUGCCUUGUUGUUUCUUACAGAGCUGAGCAGCUGGCUCAAGUUCAACAAAAAGUCGAACAAAUGACUCCGAGGAAGGGUGAUAAUUAUGGCAGCUUGAAGAGGAGCAACUCUAGAGGUGGCACACUUAAGAAAUACAAGUUUGUGUCUUCUGAUCAUCUGGAUGAGGAAUCAUUCAGUAAGUGAUACGUGAGAAAAAUGAUGAGCAGGGUCCUAUGAGCUUAUUUUGCCUUCUUUUUUUGCGCAGGAGGUGUUAUUCAUACGAGAGAAAAUCAUUAACACUGAGUUGUUAUUUUUCAGCGACCACUGCACUGGAAAACAAACUGCCAGCAUAUGAACGUGUUGCUCUCAGAAAACGUAAGUUAAACUUCGUGAAAUAUCAAGUGCAUUCCCUUCUGCAAAACGCUGCCAUAUUUACUUAAUUGAUACUUUUAGUUUUACUUGUGUUAAAAAUGUGUCUUCCCUUUGCUUUGGCAAGCUUUUUAACUUAAAUUGUUUUCUUUAUAGCUGGUUUUGUCAGGCCAGUGGUGUUACUUGGGCCGAUUGCCGACAUUACAAGAGACAAGCUUCUUCAAGACAUGCCGGAUGUAUUUGCCAUUCCAAGUAAGAACAGUGGAGCCAUUGAAGCGCAUUGGCUCCAAUAGAAGGAAAAUUAUCCUAAUGAUAACUCAAAGAAAAAACAUAAAAACACGGUCUAAACGGGGAAAAGCGGGAGGUGUUCCACUCACAGUUUUAGUUCUGUAACUGAUCGGUUGAGAAAGUGGAGCGGGUUCUCGCGACCUAUGGUGCUAUCUACAUUUGUUUAGCGCUCAAUAUUUGGCAGUAUUUACAUAGAAAUGUAUUGUUCUUAGAAGGCUACAAACAGGUUAAUGAGGAUUUUUUUUCUCUCUGUAAUUUCAGCUGCCUUCCGUGGUCUACAGCCAGCAGGCAGAAGCCCCAUGCGUUCAUCCCGACGUUCAUUGAGUUACGUUACCAUCAAGGCUGUAAUUGACAGCGUAAGUCACUAAUUAGAUUCGAACCAAACGUCACCAAACAAUGAAGAAUUUUGUAGGGAUACUGUGGAAAGAAGACGUGAUUUGAUCAUUUCAGAGUUAGCUUUAAGUGGAGAGCCAAAUUCUCUCAACAUUUUGUGGGGAGAAGUGCAGUGAGAAUUAGUGAGGUGUGUUGUUUGUUUCAGAUGAAGUAUGAAUUAUUUCUUGAUCAAACUGCAUUGAUUUAAAUUUAUUUUCACAGGGCAAGCAUUGUCUUUUGGACAUUACUCCUGAAGAAGUGGAAAGGCUAAACUUCGCUCAGUUGUAUCCCAUUGUGAUCUUUCUGAGGCCACCCAACAAACAAAUGGUCAAGUAAGUCUUGCAGAGAAUUUGUUCUUUCCUUCCUCGGCUCUAGUGUGAUUUUUCAGUCCGGUGAUUAUUCAAAACGAGUUUUUAGUUCACUAAAUUUAUGCAACGACGGUGUUUAAAGUUUUAUCUUGAAAGAAAGGUUUUAGUAUUUAUAAAAACCUCUCUUCUCGGGAGUGAUUGGUACCUAACUGGAAUUCCUUAACAGAUUGUUAGGUUCUUGGCGUAUACUAACUUCCUGUGUUACACGGGUUUUCCUUUUCAGGGAAAUGAGAAGCCAACAUGGCGUGGGAGAUCAGUCUGCAAAAAUGAUUAAGAAACUACACGAUAACUCACUGAAACUGGAGCAGUUUUAUAGCAACAUGUUUACAGGUUUGAAGAUGUCCUUUUCUGUUUCAUCUGCUGUUGUUUGUUUGCUAUGCGUGUAGAGUGUCGAGUCAUUGUUCGAUGACAAAAGAAAUAUGACAACGGUCAUUUUCUUUUCGUAGACUUGUAAUGACAACUAAAUUUUAAAGAGGAAAUGGAGGGGAAAAUUGGAACUUUAUUCCCACUAAGUGUUUUGUUCUGUUGGUGUCGCGUUAUCGAGUUGCACAUGUCUAACACGGUGGGAUAAACGUACGUAGUAGGGCCUUACAGGACAUGUUAUUGUGUCUUCAGCUGUUAUUCCAGCGGGUUCCAUGGACAACUGGUAUUCACGAGUCAAAGAGGAAAUCACCAAACAACAAGAAGAUCCAGUUUGGAUGUCAGAAGACAAGGUAAUUCGUCGUUUGAUUCUCACCGCAUUGCCAUCCAGUAUCAGCGCUCUAAGCUGCGACCAUUUUGGUCGCCAUGGCGAGUGAAAAUAUAUUUGGCGCCUAAAAUUUCGACAGAAGUCACCAAUUGGCAACCAACAGACAAAGAAAAAAUCGGAAUUGUUGUGAUCGCAUCGUUUAGCUGACUAACUACUUCAUGUAGUGCUCAUUGAUAUGAGUGUUGUUUUUCUUUUUCUUUUUCUUUUCUUUUUCUCCUUAUUUAGGGUGGAGGAGGGUGAGGGGGAGGAGGAGGGGGAGCGACCGAAAUAUUUAAAUGAAGACCAUUUUACAAUUUAAAGUCGUCAAAAGGCGACGUUUUGAAAAAUGGGGCUUGAAGCCCUGCUUAUCAAAUUAAGUUUCCAUCGUUAAUUGUUUUAACCAAAAUGAAAAAAGGGAGUAAUUUUUUAAAGAAAUUGGUGCUGCGUCGGUGGGAGAGUAUCACAGGAUAAUUAAGGAUUAUCAAUUGAGUUGAUAACAUAAGUCUUCAGAGCGAUUGGCGAAGGGCUAACGGUCGAAACGUCAGUUUUUUAACUCUUUACGGUGGCCAAUUUACGUUAUCAACUCAGUUGAUAAUACUUAAUUGCCCUAUUUUAACCAAAAGUUUGUCAGUUUUUAACCGUCUGCCCAAGAGAAAUAGCAAAUUCAACUGAGCUACUUUAUUUUUUCGUUUGUUGUUGUGAUCGCGUAUUUAAGUAUAAUUUACUUGUUUUGUGUGUUUGUUUUUCUUUUCUUUCAGUUCGAGGAACAGGAAGAGAUCGAAUUCCGCAUGCCCAGCCGCUUCUCACAGUCCUACGAUUAUGACUCCACGUUAGACUCACCAACUGUCCGCUCGUCCGUCUCGACCCAGCCUGUCGAUGAAGACAUCAUGCAUGCUGAACCCUCCAUGGAGGUAAAAAAAAGGGGAAAAAAAGUGUAUUUCGCUUUCUCGAAAUAAACUGUUGUCCAAUCAUCCACCGUCGUAAAAGCAAUUAAUGUUUAAUUAACGUGUUUAUAUUCACACCGUAAAAAUCAAUUUCCUUACAUCAAGUUUCUUUGUCUGUCGUAGGUCAAUUCCGAGCCACCUCGGGUCCGUCCUGCAUACUCUGAUCCGCACCUUCGGUAUGAGGACCCUGAUUAUCAAGAAGAUUUCCAUCCAAGGCAACGCUAUGUGGAGGAUGACUUCCGUAAUGGCACACAUGGUUUUAACGAAGACACUUUGGAGAGACAAAGACCAGGUUAUAAGAGGCCUUCUGGAAACGUCGUGAAGUAAGUAGCAGUAGAUAUUUCAAAGAGGCUCUUCACAUUCCUGAGCUCGAAGAGCUUUGAAGUAAUUUUUAAACGGUCAUCAAAAUUUUCACGUUGCUUCACUUAUUGAACUGACUUGUCUGUUUGUCGCACAAUGUUGAACAGUGACAAGUAAAAAAAUGAGUAACUGUUGUGUUAUUAUUCUUUCAAGGUUACUUCCUUCUCGUGAGAACCCAGUUGAGCUAAGACAGUCACUCAAGAAGACCCGAAUGCCCGAUGGCUUCGAUCGGUCCGAAGCGGACGCCGAAGAAUUGCGAAUGAAGCGUGAAAGUCUUCGUAAAGUCGAAGGUGAUUCCGACCUUCUCAAAGAGUACGACGCACGCGUAGGAGUCCCGGUGUCUAAGCUCUGGGCAAUUGAUAACGAGUCGAGUCAGCGUCGAGAGCAAAUCGAUCGCAUCCGAGAACCACCGAUCGAAGUACAGGAGAAAAAGAAAGAAGUGGAGGCAGAUCUUGAACAGCGUUUGGAAGAUUUAGAGUCAGCCUUAAUACCUCAGCGACGGCGCUCUGUCGAGGAACGCAAACCUCGUCCAUUCUCGGAGUCGUACGACAGAAAACCUCGCAACCUUGUGGUGGAUUAUUCAAACCCAGAUAAGAAGGAGACGGCACAUUCUAGCUAUUAUCCAACGCGUUCUUACCCCACCGUUACGCGUUUUGACCGCGAUAAACCUGCGGAGUCUGAAAUCCGCGCGAACGUCUCCAAUUAUCGUGUGGAAAGUGCACCGCAGACUGAGUUCCCUAUGAAUUCUGAGAACAGAACGGGCAGUCUAUCUCGAGAACCUCGUUACAGAGCCGAAGUGACGAUUCCGACCCGAACGGCGCCCAAGUUUGACGCGGGGAGACCCGAACGCCCCCGAUCGGCGUAUUCUGCUUACGCUCCUAAACCUUUCAAUGCCGGGAACAAUGACAGGCCUUCUUCGGGUGAUCGGCCUUUUUCUCGUGACCCACCCACAAGCAGACCCUCGGAUGGACCUCGCAUAGGAGACCCUAUGACGUACAAUUUUCGCCUCUCGGGAUCUCCUCGUUUUUCCCGACCAGAGCGCGAGCCAGACCCGAGACCGACGACGUACAGAACGGAGUACAGACACAAGGUCACGUCAGACCUUGACAACAUGGAUCACGAAGGACAGAACGUUGUGACAAGGUGAUGAGUAAAUUUCCGAGGCUAGAAAUCUUAAACUAAGGGAAGUGUUUUUCGAGAACAGAAUUAGGGAAAAUAGUUUCACGAUUGCGCCUUUGACAAGGCCACUUUCCAAGCUUCAACAAAGUGUUGAUUUGGAGAUGAGUCGUGAAAAAUCAAGUCGCUCCGUAGAGCGUAGAGUUAGAUCAAAGCAACGCAAAUUUGAAUUAAGUUUCCUUCAUGUUACGUCAAUUGUCACGUUAAAAAAUAUUAACUUUAUGUUAAUAUAACUCCGUGCAUCGGUCACAUCUAUAAGUAACUUUUUGUAUCAGAUUUACAAAUACUUUUUCUUUAUUUUCGUUCAGAGCUUUGAUUUAUCCAUGCGUCGUCUUAGUGGUAGCCUCGCCGUUAUUCUAACAACAAACAAGACACGGUUUUCUAUAAAAGUGAAGAUAUAUUUUGGUCUUAUAGUACAUACGUUGAACAUGCUUUUCUUGAAUUAUUUUGCCGCGUGUGACUUUCGCGUGAUGUGAAAACUAAAGAUUACUUUCAUCCAGUCACUCGAUCUUCAAAGGGACAUUUUUUUCGCUUGGCGGCCAAUUUGGCGCACGGACUCGUUUAGCUUUGUUGGUGGAGUAAAGUCUAUUCGUUUUGUUCCGAGGAUCCUGAAUGUCGUGGUCGCGACCUUACUGAGAGAUGCUCAGAAGAAAUUGAAAUCAGUCCAAUUAAUCAAGAAAUUUUUUCUUCUUAUUGUUUCUUUCAGUGAUUUUGAGUCCCUGGAUGAAGACACACAAGUCGUUGCUACUGCGAGGGGCAAGUUCACUUCUCAGGGGGGUGUCCUAUCUUCCCCGGAGUCCGGGGUUAGCAUUGUCAUACCCGAAGGUGCUAUCCCACCGGGUGUGGAACAGGAAAUCUACUUCAAAGUCUGUAAAGACAACAACUUUAUGCCUCCAUUAGAUUCUGAUCGAGGUAAGGACGUCAAAGUUUUUAAAGGCUACGUUUCACAGUGUUUCUUUUGCUCCGUACAGAAUUACUUACAACCUGAAAUACUUGACCAGAAAAUGACAGCAUUUUCCCGGUUAGAAAAACCUCAACAUCGCUACUGACCUACUGAAAUUCAGCGUUUAUUGCACACGCGACAAUCGUAACUAUCUUAAGUAGUUUUUGUCUGGUGGUUGGCUGUAUUAUUGUGUAACGACGCAUGGUAGGUGAAUAUGUGACGUGUCGUGUUUGUAUGGUUUCAGGAGAAACUCUUCUGAGUCCAUUAGUGAUGUGUGGCCCUCAUGGCACUCAGUUCCUCAAACCUGUGGAGCUCCGUCUGCCGCACUGUGCCUCCAUGACCCCUGAUGGAUGGUCAUUUGCCCUCAAGUCCAGUGACACGCCUACAGGUACGUGUAUUUGUGUGAGUGUGUGGAUGUGAAGGUAAUCGUCCUAGAGCGCGUUUCGCUGUUGAUUUGCGGUCGUUAAAGUUGCCUAAUUAGGGCUUGAUUGUUUGCAAUAGUUUACAAAAGUGUAGUAUCCAGUUCAACCGAGAGAAUCGAUCAAUACUCCUUGUGGCUACACGUUGUUGGAAUUUGAGUCACUGUGCCUUUUGUGGCCUUUGUAAGACAUCGAAAAAGACACAUUUUCUGUAGGAGGACACUGGUGAUCCGUAGUGUUCAUUGGAUAUAAAUUCAUAUAGUGUUUUGUUACCGCUGUCCCGCAGGUCAGCCAUCUGAAUGGAAGAACGUUUCUCUUCAAGGUCGGGAUUCCCGAGGAGACCAGUGCCAAGUAGAUUCCAACUCGGUUUCAGUCCUUGUGGAUCAUUUCUCAGCAUUUAGCCUGGUGGGCAGAUCUCGUCCGCACACGCGAGGCAAGGCUACCAAGCGCAUGCUGGCGGCAGUGUUCGCCCCUCCCCCAAGGGUGAAUGAUGACUGGGCUUUGAAUGUGGUAUUGCUAGAUGACACGGAAGCAGCGUUUAAGGUUUGAGAAGUAUUUUUUUCCCGUUUUUAAAGGGAGGCACUGUGAUUUGUGGUUCAGAAAAUGAGGCUAUCUAAAAUUGCAAUUGGGAGAGAAAUUUUGAAAUGAGGAAAAUGCUCAAUCAGUCGCGAGAGCAGGUUGCGUAAAGACAAGUUCUAGGUAGUAGAGACUACGCCUCCUCCACAGAAGUGACCAUAUCGAGAGACAAACAGUGAUACUCAAGUUGAGCCUCAUUUUCUUCUUAGUAGUAGACACAUUUGCAAUGCGAAACCUGAUUUUUCUUCAAUGGGGUAUGAUAUAAAGUAAUCAAAUACAUUGUUUUAUUGAUUUUUUUUAGGAUGUAUGCAACUCUGAGGCAGAGCUUGGCCGAUUUCCAUUUUCUCCGUUCAAACCUGUUCUAGUGCAUGGAGACGCUAGUGAUGUCAGAGUACAGCUGAGAGACCUCAAUAACAACUGGGUGGCUCGAUCAAGCUGCAAGAAGGUAAGAACUUAGAUACAUACGUUGGACAAUCGGGAAUAUUUUAGAUCAGCUGUCCCGAGAAGAUAAGUGGCUUCAAGUUCUAGGCUCUUGCAGUUGCUCAUUCUUUCCAUUCUGAGGUAUAUUCCAAUAUAAGUUGCCUCGUCGUUCUUUGAAUUCAACAAGUUUGAACAAAAUUUUAAAAAGCUUGUAGAGAAUUGCAUUUACGCCUGGAGUAAAGUUACACCUGUGUAAAGGCCACAGGCGGGUUGCUAGUGCAUCACAAGUGGAUAGAUCUGCCCUAUGAAGAAAGGGGUAAGUUUCUUUAAAAAAACUGUGGUGCUGCGUCGUUGGGAGAGUAUAACAGGGUAAUUUCGUGUUAUCAACUGAGUUGUUUACGUAAAUUGGCCACCGUAGAGAGUUUAAAGGCUGACGUUUCGAACGUAAGCCCGUCAUCAGAGUGAUUGGCGAAGGGCUAACGCUCGAAAGAUCAGGCUUUAAACUCUUUACGGUGGCCAAUUUACGUUAACAAUUCAGUUGAUAAGAUUAAAUUAAAUUAUCGUGUUCGAUCUACACCUGGCGUGGAUCACAGCCACUCCAAAUUGGAUUCAAGUCCAUAUGUUUUCUCCUUUAACCCUUUACAUCCUAACAUCAGUAUGUAUAUUCUCCAUACUGUUCUCCUUACAUUUCCUGAUGUGCUGGCAAGGAGAAUUUGUUUAACAAUCAAGAACUUUAUUUAGUUGGUGAUCAUUUGCUAUAUUCUCAUGACCUUAAGGUAUCAUUCUGAGGAGAUAUUGUUGGGAGAAAUUAGAUGCAAGUUACUCUUAGGGGUUAAAGGGUUAACUGUUGAAUUUGUUUUUUGCGCAACAGUACAUAGAAUUCCAUGAUUCCUGGGAGGCUUAUCGUCAUGCUCCGUGUGUAGAGUUCUUGAUCCGUGACCGAAACUUCAGCCCAAGUAGCAAUGUGUGUGUCGUGGAUGUGUUCCAAGAGGGUCACGAAGGCGAAACUGCCGCUGUCAGUGUCUCUACCAGGCCUCGCAAGGUACUCCGUUAGAAAAAAAGUUAGUGAUCUCUCCUCAAAUUUCUUUUUGUCAGAUACACAUCUCGAGGGUUUAACGAGUGUCGUGGAGCGCCACCUCAACUAAACGCUACUGUUUUGUGUUCAUCGACACAAGUCUUGUCUCAUAUUACCGUUCUCUAACAGUUUUCUUUAGACAAGUCUGUCUGUCCAAAAAUCGACAUGGCACCUUAUAGACAGGAGGACUUAACUUGAAAAAAACAUUUGAAAGGGUUAAAUUAUGUUACUGAAGUUGAGUUGUUAGGGAUGCUGUAAGGGGAAUUUACAGGAUUCAAAGAAAACCCUCUUCGAAGAGAUUCCCCCUGAUAAGUUCUAUGAGAUAAUUUUAAGGCGAAGACUUAAAAUUGAGGAAAAUAGAUAAUCUUUUCCUUUAAAUGCGGUUCAAGUUGCCGGGAAAACCAAGUGAAGC